GUGAACCGGAUGCUCCGUCAGUUUCCUCCUGCCGCCGCUCGGCGCCGCGCCGCAGCCAUCCGCGGGGUGCGGGCUCGGGGCUACCUGCGGCCGGCUGGCAGGUGCGGGACGCGGGCGGGAGCUGGGCGCGCACGGCUACCGCGCGUGGAGGAGAAGCGGCCCUCCGGCGAUGGGUGCCCGGGGCGCUCCUUCACGCCGGAGGCAGGCGGGGCGGCGGCCGCGGUACCUGCCCCCCGGGAGCUUUCCCUUGCUGCUGCUGCUGCUGCUCCUCUGCAUCCAGCUCGGGGGUGGACAGAAGAAGAAGGAGAAUCUUUUAGCUGAAAAAGUAGAACAGCUGAUGGAAUGGAGUUCCAGGCGCUCAAUCUUCCGAAUGAAUGGUGAUAAAUUCCGAAAAUUUAUAAAGGCCCCGCCUCGAAACUAUUCUAUGAUUGUUAUGUUCACUGCUCUUCAGCCUCAGCGACAGUGCUCUGUGUGCAGACAAGCUAAUGAAGAAUAUCAGAUACUGGCUAACUCCUGGCGCUAUUCAUCUGCUUUCUGUAACAAACUUUUCUUCAGCAUGGUAGACUAUGAUGAGGGGUCAGAUGUUUUCCAACAGCUCAACAUGAAUUCUGCUCCUUCAUUCAUGCAUUUUCCUCCAAAAGGCAGACCUAAGAGAGCUGAUACUUUUGACCUUCAGAGAAUUGGAUUUGCAGCAGAACAACUUGCAAAGUGGAUUGCUGACAGAACGGAUGUUCAUAUCAGAGUCUUCAGGCCACCUAACUACUCUGGCACCAUUGCUCUGGCCCUGUUAGUUUCACUUGUUGGUGGUUUACUCUAUUUGAGGAGAAACAACUUGGAGUUCAUCUAUAAUAAGACUGGUUGGGCCAUGGUUUCUCUGUGUAUAGUCUUUGCUAUGACUUCUGGCCAGAUGUGGAAUCAUAUCCGUGGACCUCCAUAUGCUCAUAAGAACCCACAUAAUGGACAAGUGAGCUACAUUCAUGGAAGCAGCCAAGCUCAGUUCGUAGCAGAAUCACAUAUUAUUCUGGUACUAAAUGCUGCCAUCACCAUGGGAAUGGUUCUUCUGAAUGAAGCAGCAACGUCCAAAGGAGAUGUUGGUAAAAGACGAAUAAUUUGCCUCGUAGGAUUAGGCCUGGUGGUCUUCUUCUUCAGCUUUCUACUUUCAAUAUUCCGUUCCAAGUACCAUGGCUAUCCUUAUAGUGAUCUGGACUUUGAGUGAGAAGAUGUGAUUUGGACCAUGGCACUUUAAAACUGUAUCCUCAGCUUUUUAAUUAAAUGAAGCCAAGUGGGAUUUGCAUAAAGUGAAUGUUUACCAUGAAGAUAGUGUUCCUGACAGUACUUUUGAGUAUUUUGGUUCCUUUCUUUGUUGUGAUAACCUAGCUUAUUCUUGUAUGAUUUUUAUUGUGAGAUUUCUAGUAAAUAUAAUUUAUAGAAAUGGAUGGCUAAAUGUAGUAUUAACUCUGUAAAGAACAAAGGAAACAUUGAGGUGAUUUUAAAGUUUGUAGUGUAUCUGUUAUGAGAUUGAAAUAAUCUUUAGGAAUUCAUGUUUAGGACUGUUUAUAAAAGGGAACACAAUGUUAGUAAGAGAAAGCUAAAAGGUUAAAGUAUCCUUAAAGAUGUACAGAGAUAAAGUAUAUGCAUGAAACUGUGCCAUGUGCUGAAAUUAUACUGACUGUAGCUUCAGGUAGAAAAGAUGUGUCUGGUUACAAA